AGCACUCUAGGGUCCAUGUGUGGUCAAGAUGGCGACGCAAGCGGCCGCGGCGCUCCUCGACGAGCUAAUGGGAAGGGCCAGGAAUGUCCUUCCCGAGGAGAGGAAUCAGUCACUCAGCUGGGAUUCACCAGAAGUGUGCCGCCACUUCUUGGUGAAGUUCUGUCCACAUGACCUCUUUACAAAUACCAAAUCAGAUCUUGGUCCAUGUGAGAAAACAAUACACGAUGAGGACCUUAAGCGCGAGUUUGAAUCGUCCAAUUCCUACCGCCGCUCGGCCUUUGAAGAUGAGUUUGUCAGAUAUGCAGAAUCUAUGCUUACAGAUGUAGAUAAAAGAAUUAGAAAAGGAAAACAACGACUUUCUCUAUCUGUUAAGGAUGCAUUGGAUAGUAGCACCACUGGUGAUGGACGGGUUGAUGAGCAACUGGAAUUGCUUUCUGAGAGAAUAACAGGAUUGGUUAGUGAAGCCGAGCGUUUGGGAUGUGAAGGCAAUGUUGAAGAAGCACAAGGUCUACUUAAACUGUGUGAUCAGCUGCGGGAAGAAAGAGAUCAACUUCGCCGCAGCAGCGAGAACUCUGUGUGGCAUCAGGCUGCAGAGAUGGCAGCGUCUCAGGAGAAACAGAUGGAGGUGUGUGAAGUAUGUGGUGCAUUUCUCAUUGUUGGCGAUGCUCAACAGCGGAUUGAUGACCAUCUGACUGGCAAACAGCAUGUUGGAUUUGCUAAGCUCCGUCAAGCCAUCCAGGAGAUUAGAGAUAGUCGAGAGAAGGCAAGAACCGAGCGAGAGUUGCUUCGUGAAAAGGAACGAGAGGAGAGACACAUGGCAUUGAUAGAAGAGGAGAAGAGAAAGGAAAAAGAAAGAGACGAUAGACGGAAAAAAGAAGAGGAAAGGAAACGCAUGAGCCGGGAUAGAGAAAGAAGAGAGCUAAGUCGAGACAGGGAUCGUGAAAGAAUGAGGGAUCGGGAUCGGGACCGAGACCGAGACCGCGAUCGUGACAACAGGGACAGAAGGUGUUCAAAUAGCAGAGACCGCAGACAUUCACGCAGUAGAGAAAGGAGUUACAGAAGCUCUCACUCCAAGGACAGAGAUAGACGAGACAGGGAGAGGGACAGACAUCAUCGCUCACGCAGUCGUGAACCUGACCGCAGGAGAUAUAGGGAGGAGAAUGGGCAUGUACAAGCACGUAACUACUGAUGGCAACAGGGCUUAGGGAGGAAACCGAGAGGGAGACGUGGAGAGACAAGGCAGAAGAACAGGGCAUGAAGGCUUAAGCAGUGAGUGAUCUCCGCUUGAGGAUUAUUUCUACCCAAAACUUACCAUUGUCAAUGGCCACGAGUGAGAAAUAAUGAAUUUAGUGGAUUUUGUGGCAAGUAUUUGAUAACCUUGACACUUUGUGGUUAUGGGCAUGAAUACCAGUACCGUGUUAAUGCCUGCUCGGCUGCAGUCCUCUGCCUUGUCUACUUUAGAGCAUCAAUAUCUCUCAGUGAAGGGGAAUCAUUUUUCAUGCAUAUUGAGGUAAGGUUUCUAUUUCUAGAGACACGUAUAGAUAUGUGUAAACAGGGCAAUGUCUUUAAAUGUUACGGGCUUUUUGCCCAAAAUAAUGUGUUAGUUUAAAUUUCAGUGGGCAGAGGCACUAUACAUUUCAAUGUGCAAUGUAAUUUUAAACAACUCAACACACACAAACCAAAAGAUGCCAUGUUAAGGUCUGGGUAAAUUUAAUAGAGUAACUGUAUUGUACAUUGAUUUGAUUUGACAUUGUGAAGAAUCUUUACUUAUAGUCUAUCACAAAUAUCAUUUAGGUCAUUUGGGAUUUACUCAUCUGUAUUGUUUUAAGCUUUUGUAUUUAUUUCAUAUUUAUUGUCCUGAUCCAAUAAUUCAGGUUUUCUUGACCACACCUACUGUCUUACCAGUCGAGCCUAUUGUCGUUGGUGUAGCCGAACAAGGCUUUGUCUGUACCACUUAAUUUGUCUCUAGAGGUAAGUGGGUGUUUUACAGUGACCAUGAAAACGUGCUUUACAGCAAACCCUAUCAUAAAAUUAUUCAUGUAGAGGAACAGUAACCUAUUGGAAUGGACUUUUGUUUGCUUGAAAGGGCAUAUUGGUAUUACUGGAAGGUAAAAAAAAUUGUUCGAUUCAUCUAAUAUACCGGUACAGUGCAGAUAGGGAGAACAGUCUCUGUAGGACUUCAUCUUUUCCAGUCCAUGAUAUUGAGUGGAUAUAUGUUCUGCACAGUUUCUCUUACAUUUUAUGUACAUGUUUCUCAUUGUAGUAUGGUUUUCUUGUGCACUAUAUGCCUGCUUGAUAUAUACCAGUAAGUUAACAAAACUUAAAAAAAAGACAUUACAUAUAAAAUGAAGGAUAAAUCUGGUAUAUAUCGGUGGGCUUUGUGAAUCUCAUGUUUGAAACCUUUGUUUCCUUGUGACCUUUACCAAACAAAAUUUCACUCAAUUCCUUGUUUAGAAUACCAAAAUAUUAAUGUGCUUUGUCAGUUAGAUAGUUAGGUUGUAAGAAAUACUGAUAAGUACUAUAAAGUAAUAUAUCCUUGGAUUUCACAGGAUUACCUUCUGGACCGAGCAAGGAAAACUCCAAGCUGUGUGUGAAGUACACUCAUGUGGGGACUAAACUAGAAGUGUGGUCUGUCGGAGAAUGAAGAAUUCAGGACGUGCCUUCAGUCGCCACUUUGUUUAGCCAGGUGAUCCCCCUCCUUUCACACUCCCUUCUCUGCCUCCCCCACUCGGCCUCUUCCCAGCCCUACCCAUCUUGACUUCCCUGAUGGGCAUUCAUAGGUUCAACAAUGAUUUUAUAAAUCAUGAGUUAGUGUAUAUUUUUUCUUUAAGGUAUUAUUGUAUAAUAGAUACAAUAGUGAUGUUCUGUAACAAACAUUGUUUGAAUGUAAAAUUUUAUAUUAUAUACAGUUUGCUUACAGUCCACACUAUGUGUACUUCUUGAUGUUAAUGCUAGGGUGAUGAAGCAUCUUUCCUGUUCAUCUUAGUUUAGGUGCGAUAACCUCUUCAAACAGAGUUGUGAUGCUGUUUAAGGAAGUUCGUUGGUUGUCCGGUCACAUUCCAUCAGUUAUCUCAUCUCUCCACUCUAGUAAGGUGAGAUAUUGUGAAUUGUGUCAAUAAAUGUAUAGAUCAUUA